AUGUGCGAUCCGGUUGGCGUCAUAUCCCUGGGCAUAUCCGUCUGCCAAGGACUGCUGGCCUACUACGGACCGUACAAGGCCUUCCACGAAGAAAUCGAAGACAUAAUAUGCCGGACACAGAAUCUGGACAGAACCAUGAGAUUACUGGAGAAGGUGCUUGAUGGUGCGCAAAGCUCUGAGGUGACUCAGAAAGCAGAGUGUGCCAGGGUCGCGAUGCGAGCAAUCGAGAAUUGCGAGCAGGGACUAAAGAGACUCAGAGGAACAUUGAAGAGCUGCUACAAAACUUCAGCAGGAUCUCAAAGUGCCCUGAAGAAAAAGGUGCAAAUGAAUCGAAUACUCUAUCCAUUUCGACGAGAUACUUUGAUGUCGAUGGUGUCGAUGGUGAAUGGACUCCAGAAUAAUUUAAACACUGCCUUGCAGAUGUUAACUUAUGCGAUGACGACCGUUAACGAGGAAUAUAUGGGCAUGGUUGUCUCGAACGCUGCUUCCGCUGCCUCGGGAACGAACCAGGUGCUAGAUGUUGUUCGAGAUAUGAGCCAAGCGCAUGAUUCGUUUGAUGGUAAACUGGAAUCCAUAGAGCGUCGCCUGAUCAAAAUGGAGACCAGUAUUGCUCAGCAUCAGAUGCAGCCGGCGUUUGACCCUUCUCUGCUUCGGUCGCUUCUUGACAGCCAAAAUGACCUUGAUGAAGAAAUUGGUCUAGCACAAGUCAGCCCUUCUUUGUGGGCGAAAAGCCCUCGAAAAGCUUGCAACUGCCUGAAUGGUAAUUGCGAGCUGGCACCAGCUUAUCAGAUUUUGGAGCCCAUCUUUGCUGGCUCAAUGGCGCAGACUAUUUAA